UAUUGCACUUGUGUCUGCAGAUUACAUUCCGGAAGUCAAUGAUCCCAUCAAUUUUCUAUGUAUAUGUGAUCGUUAGCCUCCACCUACAUUGAGUCAUAAAUCUUUGCAGCAGAAACUAAGGGCGCUCAGAUCCAUCAACGGCGGUGGCCUUGUGGUCUUCGCUUCCUUCUCCGCCUUCCAUCCUCACUUUUUUAAGAUCUCUCUCCCACUGCUCUCGAGUUUGUGUGAUGGGCUUCGUCCGUGCUCCAACCGUGAGAAGUGGCGACUUCUUGGAAGGGAUGCUCAGCGACUAUGUCGUUGGCAAAUCUUCCACCAAAAUGAGGGCUCCUAAGAUUGCAUCUUCUCGCCUUGUUGCUACGCUCACCUUCCUUCAGUUUGCCUUCGCCAUGUACGCCACCUUCCUCCUCUACUAUAUGAGCCCCUCCGUCGACCUGCGCAGCAAAGCCGACUUCUCUUGGGCCACUCGGAUCGCCCAGCACUGGAAGCACCUCAUCAUACAGCCGAAUCCGCUGACGAGCUUCCAGGAAAUCCCCGCCAUCAGCUCUCCCGCCGAGGUCUGUGAGUACGAGAAGAUCGAUUUCUCGCAGAAGAAAUCAGAUGAUGCACUGAUGAUCAAGCUGAAGAGGGAGCUGUACGACGAAGUGUUGGCCUUCCAGAAGACGAGCUCGGGGGUUGAGACACUCGCGGAGCUUAUGAGGAUGAAGUCCAAGUGGAGCCCCAGUGGCCCUAACGUCCCAAAGAUCACCGUGAUCCUGAACCAUUUCAAGAGGAAGACGCUCUGCGCGCAGCUUGAUUCGUUGCUGAACCAGACACUGCCGUUUCACCAUGUCUGGGUACUCUCCUUUGGCAGCCCAAACGAGCUCUCGCUGAAAAGGAUUGUGGAGAGCUACAACAAUUCCAGGAUCAGCUUCAUCGGUUCGAGCUAUGAUUUCAAGUACUACGGACGAUUUCAGAUGGCCCUGCAGACGGAAGCAGACUUCGUGUACAUUGUUGACGAUGACAUGAUUCCUGGGAAGAAGAUGCUGGAGAUACUGUCCCAUGUCGGAGGGACAGAGAAGUACAAGAACUCAGUUCUGGGUAGCAUCGGAAGGAUCUUGCCCUUUAGGCAAAAGGACUUCACGUUUCCAAGUUACAGGAAGUUCCGGUCGAAGGAAGCAGGCCUGUACUUACCCGAUCCUGCUUAUGAUAUCACCGUGGAAAGCAUUGUGCAGGUUGAUUUCUUGUCGAGUUCAUGGUUUCUAUCUGCAGAUCUCGUCAAGACAUUGUUUGUGGAGACACCGUUCACUUUUAUGACCGGUGAAGACUUGCAUCUCAGUUACCAGCUCCAAAAGUACAGGAAUGCAGGAUCAUAUGUGCUACCUGUGGAUCCAAAUGACAAGGAGACAUGGGGAGACAGUGAGCACCGACUUGCAUACGUUUCCGAGACCACCGUCAUCUUCAAGGACGUUGUCCAAGUCCGGGACGACCAGUGGUGGCGUGCCUUGUCCACCGGUUAUGUCACCCAAUGGGCUGCCAUGCACCCUCAGAAAAUUGAUGCUCUCUUCUAUGCCCACUCCCUCGGAGAAGUGAAAACCUUGGCUCCUCUGCUCGAGAAGUUCCGCACGACCGUAGGGAAGAAAGCCUAUAUCGUCGUGUCGGGUGGAAGGUUCUGCUCCUGCGAAGCAGCCGUUAGUGUUCUCAGGUGGCCAAAGAAUGUCUGCAAGGAGAGGAGGUUCAAGAUCUUCGAUCUGGAAGUCGGAGCCAUUUCAGGGGUGUCCAACUCGGAGGUUCCAGUAGUACAGGCAGUGUACUCGAGCUUGAAGGGGAUUCUCAAGAUCCACAACCCGAGUUUGCUGAUCGCAGUCGAUGAUGUCGAUCAAAAUGUGAAGAACGCGCUGAAAAUGGCGGCCGAAGGCAGCGCAAACGGUACAGCUCUGGUUCUUCUACAGAGGACUACUGUGCCAAAGGUUCUGUGGAUGGCUGAUCUACGACCGACAGCACUACCGAAUUGGAAUCGGAUGCAGAUCACGGUGAACAUCGUCACCCAAAACCGUGCCGCCUCUCUACAGAGACUCCUCAGAUCACUGCAGAAUGCAUAUUAUCUUGGUGAUGAGGUGCGUCUCAGCUUCAACAUGGACAGCAAGGUUGAUGAGGAGACCCUCAAGGUUGUGGGAUCCUUCCAAUGGGCACAAGGGCCAAAGUUCAUCCGGCGUCGAAUCAUCCAGGGCGGGCUGAUCCGAGCAGUGAGCGAGAGCUGGUACCCCUCGUCCGAUGACGAGUUCGGCCUCCUCCUAGAAGACGACAUCGAGGUCUCCCCCUACUACUACCUCUGGAUCAAAUAUGCACUCUUAGCCUACCACUAUGACCCCCAAGUCUCCCUCCCGGAGCUCUCGUCCAUCUCUCUGUACACGCCUCGUCUUGUCGAGGUGGUGAAGGAAAGGCCAAAAUGGAACGCCACCGAGUUCUUCAAGAACAUCCAUCCCAACACACCGUACCUCCAUCAGCUCCCCUGCAGCUGGGGUGCCGUGUUCUUCCCCAGGCAGUGGCGAGAGUUCUACGCCUACAUGAACGCCAGAUUCACCGAGGACGCCAAGCAGAACCCGGUGCAAAUCCCAAAGUCGAGAACCAACGGGUGGCAGGCCUCAUGGAAGAAGUUCCUCAUCGACAUGAUGUACCUGAGAGGGUACGUCAGUCUAUACCCCAACUUCCCCAACCAAGCAAGCUUCUCCACCAACCACAUGGAGCCCGGUGCGCAUAUCAGCGCCAAAGACAAUGUGGUGAAGCAUAAAAAAGAAGACUUCGAGGUGCCAUUGAUGAGGGAUGACUUCACCAAGCUCCUGCCUUCGGGGAAGAUGCCUCCGGCUUCUAGGCUCCCGGCGCUCAACCUGUUCAACCAGGCGGUCUCUUUGAAAGGUUUGAAAGCUGCGGGUGCAAAGCUUAGGCAGGAUGUGAUCAGCUGCAACGAGUUGGAGAACGUGGCGGUCGAUCAUAGCACUGGUUUGCCCAGGAACUGCACAAAGUUCUGAACCAUAAAUUUGUUUAGGCAUUCUAAAGCUAUUCGAUCUACUUGUUAUUACAAUUUUUUGGUUUGUUUACGAGGGGAUCUAAUUGUAUAAACCGCAAAAAUAAAAGCUUAUCAGCCAUCGUAAAACGAUGGCAAUUAGCCUUGUGGUCUUCAGCUCCGGUUACUGCAUGGGGCUAUUUCGUUUUCCUUCAAGUUCUUGUUGGAAGACCUCAAAUGAAAGUGGCUAGUUUUCGUUA